UCAUGAUACAGCGCUGAGUGCUGAGUGAGUGCGCGCGGACCUUCUCGCGCGGGGUCUCUGCUCCCUCCCGACACGCUGGGCAAAAAAUGGACGCGUCACCCUUGGCACAGCAGUACGGGACGAAGAAGCGGGUCAAGAUUCACCCCAGCACGGUGACGGUGAAAUACGCCACCCACUUCCCGCAGCCCGGGGACGAGGGCUAUGAUGACGCGCCCUCCUUCGAGGACUUCGGCUCCUUCGUGGACGACAACCCCAGCAGGAGGCUGAUUGCGGACGACAAGAGGGGCAGGACUUUCUUCGGCACCAUGGAAACGCGGGGCAGGGAGACCCGCGUGGGCGAGCAGCUGGCCAGCUUCGGCGAGGCCUCCGCGUCUGCGUCGCGGCUCACGUGGGCCGCCCUCUUCGGCGCGGCGGUGGCCCACGGCUGCGUGGCGCUCAUCACGCGGCUGGCGGCCGACCGCUCCAAGGUGCCCUCGCUGGAGCUGCUCUUCAUCCGCUCCGUGAUCCAGGUUCUCUCCAUCGUGGUGGUCUACUACAACCAGGAGGCGCCCUUCGGGCCUAAAGGGUACCGGCUCCGCCUCUUCUUCUACGGCGUGUGCAACGUAAUCUCCAUCACGUGCGCCUACACGUCCUUCGCCAUUGUGCCGCCCAGCAACGGCACCAUCAUGUGGCGUGCCACCACAACCGUGUUCAGCGCCGUGCUUGCCUUCCUGCUGCUGGACGAGCGCCUCGCCUACACCGACGUGGUCACCGUGGUCAGCAGUGUGUUCGGCCUCUGCCUUGUCGUGAUCCCCAACAUCGCCGACGAAGACAAGUCCCCGUUGGGCUUCUGGAAGGAGGCCUUCGGCUACACCAUGACCAUCAUGGCCGGCCUCACUGCCGCCCUCUCCAUGAUCGUGUACCGGGCCAUCAAGGAGCGCGUGAGCAUGUGGACGGCGCUCUUCACCUUCGGCUGGACGGGGACCGUGUGGGGGGCCUCCACCAUGUUCGUCAUGCAGGAGCCCAUCAUCCCCCUGGACGGGGAGACCUGGGGCUACCUGCUGGGCAUCUGCAUCUGCUCCACGGUGGCGUUCCUGGGCGUCUACUACGCCCUGAACAAGUUCCACCCAGCGCUGGUGAGCACGGUGCAGCACCUGGAGAUCGUCGUGGCCAUGAUCCUCCAGCUGCUGGUUCUCCGCAUGAUCCCGUCGGUGUACGACGUCAUCGGGGGCCUCAUCAUCAUCGUCAGCGUCUUCGUCCUCACGGGCGUCAAGCUCUACUGGGUGGGCCGAGCCAGGAGACAGGAUUACCAGGAAAUCCUCGACUCGCCCAUUAAGUGACCUCUGCGCGUGCGUUCGUGUGUGUGUGUGUGUGUGUGUGUGUGUGUGUGUGUGUCUAUCGUUCGCUAUCCUCAUCAAACAGCGGAUCGUUGUCUCAUCGAUUUGUUUCGUACCGUCUGGCUCGAGGUGUACAAACCAUGUAUAGUCUUUGCCAUCUAUAACACGUGAAAAGAUUUCUCUGCAGUGCUUCUCUGUCUUAUGGAAACUGGAUCAUGUGUUCGAUGUGACUCUGGCACAGAAUAAACAAACAGGAAUAGAACAAACAAACAGAAAUAGAACAAAUGAACAGAAACAGAUGCCCCUUUACACAAAGUGGGGUGCAGCACAAGCAAGGAGGUGAGGCACCAGUUGGUGUUGGAUGAUGGAAGGGAAUCUCAAACCCUAUUAACAUGCCUUAUUCAUCAGUGGCAAGGACACAUUUUUUUUCCUUAUUCUAUGAAAUUAAAUUCGGCUCGUUCAGCCAAUCAGCAUCCGGCGGUUUUGUUUGAAAUGGUUAUGAUUAGUAACAACCAUAGCCAGCGUGUGCCAAUGGGAGUAAUCAAUACGACUCCUGAUCAUAUCAAUGAGAAAUAAUUAAAAUAGAAUGGAUUAGCAGUUCUUAUGUCAGCAAACAAAUGAAUGAAUAAAUUAAUGAAUUAAUUUAUUAAUUGAGUAAACAUUUUUUUCAUAUAUCCCCUUUAAAGUCUGCUUCUCAAAACGCUUUUCACUUAGAAGUUUAUAUAGGAUAUAAUACAUUUACAUUUAUUCAUUUAUCUUAUGCUUCUCUCCAAAGUGACUUCCAACGUUAAGAUAUUUACAGUUAUUUACCCGUUUGUAUAAUAAUGAUACAAGAACGGACUUACAAUACACACACAUUUUCUGAACCGCUUAUCCUAUACGGGGUCGCAGGGAACCGGAGCCUACCC